CGACUGGUGCCAAUUUCUCUUUUGAUUUCAGCACAUCCGUAGAUUGCUCGUCCAUCUUGGGUAUGUUGUGUUUCGUGAAUAACUCGUGGGAGUUCGCAUUCGUGAGGAGUUCGUGGGUGUUCGGUGGCACGGCUUUCUGGGUAGCUUUGAACGUGCGUGCGUUCCUCUACUUUCGACACCGAAGGAACAAGAUAAUAACAAGCAAUACGAGGACGACCAGGAUUACAGCAACUGAGACUCCUGCCUUGGCACCAGAAAAUAGCUCGCCAGGGUGUGCCACCCGAGUUGUUGAGCCUGAAGGUGCCGAAGCCGGGACCGCCGUUAUAGUUGUCGUGCCGCUGGGCCUGAAUGUCGUAGUGACCCCAGGAGAAAUCGUUCCUGGGGGUCCAUUGAGGAUUGAAACAACACCAGUGUAUUUUAUAAUUGAUAAGGGGGUUGUGGGCAUAGAAGAAACCGCCGUUAACGUUGGAGUGCUUUCCUUUCGUUUUAUCAGGCCUCGGCGGUUUCUUGACACUGCUGUGGUGACUCCGGUGAUGCCGAAGAACGGACUGUAAGAAUCGCAAACAAGUCGGUCAAUGAAUUCAGGCGCAUUGCUAAUGCAUAUGAAGAACUUUGCUCUCGUGGGAGGACCGAACGCGUCAGGAAGUAUCAAUGUUAUCGUACUGUUCUGGAUUACACCACUUUCGACCACGCAUGCUCCGCAAUUGUCUUGUUAUAUCAGUGUCGAGAGACAAAAUGACAAGGAGUUAUACUUAAUCGGAACUUGGGCAACUGACCAUGUAUUUGUUGAGUUCAAAUCCUCUCCUAAAGCAUUCGUUUGGCAGACAAAUAGAGCCAGACUGAAGGCAAUACCAUUCGAAGCUGAGAUUUCCGGAAUUUGCCAAUAUAAACUGGCUGGUGUGGGCAAAAGCUUCCCGGACACAUUCUAGUGGUUCUCGAAAUAACUGAAGCUUGGGGUUGAACUCUGA